AAUGGCGUCCUCGGCGGUUUCCAUGGCAGAGGGGGGCACGGUGAUGGCGGAGGCAGCGCAAGCCUCGCAAGGCCGGGCUCAGGCGCCCUUCCAGUCGCAAUCGGCGGCCUCUCCCGCCGCCCCGAGCCCGGCCGACCCUGCCCGGCCGGGUGCCAGCAGCAGCCAGCAGCGUUCGGUUCAGCGCAAGGCCCAGGUUCGCGCUUUCCCGCGGGCCAAGAAAUUGGAGAAGCUCGGGGUUUUCUCGGCGUGCAAGGUUAAUGAUACCUGCAAAUGUAAUGGCUGGAAGAAUCCCAAACCUCCUACAGCCCCAAGAAUGGAUAUUCAACAGCCAGCUGUCAGCCUGAAUGAGCCCUGUCGUAGUUGUGGACACACAUUGGCGGACCAUGUUUCUCACUUGGACAAUGUCUCAGAAGAUGAGAUUAACAGACUGCUUGGGAUGGUGGUGGAUGUGGAGAAUCUGUUCAUGUCUGUUCACAAAGAGGAGGACACUGAUACAAAACAAGUAUAUUUUUACCUUUUCAAACUUGUGCGGAAAUGCAUCUUGCAAAUGGUACGUCCUGUCGUGGAAGAAAAGCUGGGAAGCCCCCCAUUUGAUAAACCAAGUAUAGAACAGGGAAUUCUAAAUUUUGUUCAGUACAAAUUCAGCCACAUUCCUGCCAAAGAAAAGCAGACUAUGUAUGAACUUUCCAAAAUGUUCCUGCUCUGUUUGAACUACUGGAAACUGGAAACUCCAUCUCAAUUCCGGCAGAGGUCCCAGAAUGAAGAUUUUGAUGCAUACAAAGUUAAUUAUACCAGGUGGCUCUGCUACUGUCAUGUCCCUCAAAGCUGUGACAGCCUUCCUCGGUAUGAAACCACACAAGUCUUUGGGCGGACACUGCUUCGUUCCAUCUUCACAGUAACUCGCCGACAGCUACUCGAGAAGUUCAGAGUGGAGAAGGACAAGCUGAUGCCUGAGAAGCGAACACUCAUUCUCACCCACUUUCCAAAGUUUCUGUCAAUGUUAGAGGAAGAAAUUUAUGGGCCGAAUUCUCCUAUCUGGGAUUCUGAUUUCACUUUAUCUGCUUCAGAGGGAGUGCAACUGGGACAACAGCCAGCUGUUACUCCAUCUCCGGUGCCUAGUAAUCCUCCAUCAAGCAGAAGCAUCAAAUGUACCUUAAGUCCAGCAUCCAUCAGUGUUGAUAUGGGGGUUUCUGAGCCAACACCAGGAGAGAAAAGGAAGCUGCCUGACACCAUGACCUUAGAAGAUGCAAAAAGAAUGCGAGUGAUGGGUGACAUUCCGAUGGAGCUGGUUAAUGAAGUAAUGCUGACAAUCACAGAUCCAGCAGCUAUGUUAGGCCCAGAGACAAAUCUGUUGUCGGCAAAUGCAGCUCGUGAUGAAGCAGCACGUCUUGAGGAACGGAGAGGUGUCAUUGAGUUUCAUGUCAUAGGAAACUCACUUUCUCAGCGAUCAAACAAGAAAAUAAUGAUGUGGCUGGUUGGCUUGCAAAACGUUUUCUCUCAUCAAUUGCCACGAAUGCCAAAAGAAUAUAUCACACGCCUUGUCUUUGAUCCAAAACACAAGACACUGGCCCUCAUUAAAGACGGUCGAGUCAUUGGAGGGAUAUGUUUUAGAAUGUUUCCCACCCAAGGAUUCACUGAAAUUGUGUUUUGUGCUGUUACUUCCAAUGAGCAGGUGAAGGGUUAUGGGACACAUCUGAUGAAUCAUCUAAAAGAAUACCACAUUAAGCACAAUAUUUUACACUUUCUGACCUAUGCGGAUGAAUAUGCCAUUGGCUACUUCAAAAAACAGGGUUUCUCAAAGGACAUAAAAGUUCCUAAAAGCCGGUAUGUUGGGUACAUCAAGGAUUAUGAGGGUGCAACGUUGAUGGAAUGUGAACUUAAUCCCAGAAUCCCUUACACAGAACUAUCACAUAUAAUCAAGAAGCAAAAAGAGAUCAUAAAGAAGCUGAUCGAGAGAAAACAAGCGCAGAUCCGGAAGGUUUACCCAGGCCUCACCUGCUUCAAGGAAGGAGUUCGGCAGAUACCCAUAGAGAGUAUACCUGGAAUUCAGGAAACUGGAUGGAAACCUAGUGGCAAAGAUAAAGGAAAAGAAUUGAAGGAUCCAGAUCAGCUGCACAAUUCUUUGAAAAAUCUACUGGCACAAAUAAAGAGCCAUCCUAGUGCCUGGCCUUUCAUGGAACCAGUGAAGAAGUCUGAAGCUCCAGAUUACUACGAAAUUAUUCGAUUCCCAAUUGACUUAAAAAGUAUGAGUGACCGGCUGAAGAAUCGUUACUAUGUUUCCAAGAAGUUAUUUAUUGCUGAUGUUCAACGUAUCAUCACAAAUUGUCGUGAAUAUAACCCUCCUGAAAGCGAGUACUGCAAAUGUGCCAACAUGCUGGAGAAAUUUUUCUACUUCAAGAUCAAAGAAAUGGGGCUUUUGGAUAAGUGAAAACAUUUGUGAUUGAGAUGGAUGAAAGUUUGGACUUCAGAUCUGACAGACUGUGAAGAUAGUAGAAUAAACUACUGAUCUGUAAUUCAGUCUGUUCAGUAAUGGGAUCACUGAAAUUUGUUUGAUGCCAUUCUGGUAGUUGCAUGGGCUGGCCAUUGGUACCACAAUGCAUUGUUUUCUUUACAAAGAUCCAGAGGGUCCCAGUGUUUAACUGUUGAAGUUUCCAUCUCACUGCAUGCAGUUCCUACUGUCAAAUGUACACAAGUAAUUGAGACAUUAAAUGCUCAGCCUGGAUAUUAAUUCACAUGGCAUUCACAAAGAUGACGUGCAUCACAGAAAUAAUCACCGGGUUGCAAUUGUGGCUUAUUUAAAUCGAUGAUGGAACUUGUACAAAGCAGAUCCUUUCACCAAAAUGCAUACCACAGUGAGCUUCUCACUUUUCACUCUGUGGAGUCUGUGACUUCAGCGUUGCCUGUCAGUAAACAAUGAGGGCAUGUUGCGAAGAUGCCUGACUACUUUCAGUUUUUGUAAUUUUUUUAAACUGAGUUGCAUUUUGUACGUUUGCUGUAACAUUUUGCUCAUGUAAAUAAAUACAGCAGUAAAUACA